GAGAAUAAUUGCAGAAGAGUGAAAACGUUACCUGCUGGAGCUCACCUGGUUUGAAGACUCCGAGCACAGCUAGUGGAACGAUGGGAUCUCUGGAUAAUGACAUCAAUCAGGAUUUUCAGGAUGCCAUCGAUGUGAUGCAGCGACAUUCAGAAAUAUUCUACUAUGAUUCAGACAGUAAAUACACCGACAACCUCAGGAGUCCUGAUUCUUCGGUGCAAUACUCAGUGUCUUGUUACCGCUACAUGCCUCACUCAGCAGGAUCGUCUGCUGCAUACGACUGGGGUGACGCUCCAUCGUGGUCUCAUAUAAUACCAGAGGCGUCUCCGUGGGGAUCAGCUGAACCUUCGGUGCUUUACCCGAUGAUACCUGAACGGCUCCGAAAAGGCCGUAAGAAGCUGCGUCUGUAUGAAUACCUUCACGAAGCACUGCACGAUGCCAGCAUGGUCGACUCCAUCCAGUGGACGGACCGCGGCACCGGGACAUUCCACUUCAUCUCCAAAAACAAAGAAAAGCUAGCUGAAUGCUGGGGCCAGCGCAAGGGCAACCGCAAAGCCAUGACCUACCAGAAAAUGGCCCGGGCGCUACGCAACUACAGUCGCACGGGCGAGAUCGUGAAAGUGCGCCGCAAGCUCACCUACCAGUUUAACCCGAUGAUCCUGCAGAGACUGGAGACCAUGAGCCCAUCAGUUCCUUCAACACAAGAGCUCAUUCCUCACCACCAAAUCCCUACUGAACAGGGCUACUACUGCUCAUCUGGAGCUGACUGGCACAGCUGGUACACACAGUGCCCUUACCCCGGAGAGUACAACUUCACGUCUGCACUGACAUCAUCAGAAACCCUGAAAACACACGAUCCGACUCAGGGAUGAGAAAACUGUAAGACGUUCCUGUUCCUGACACCGCACACCUGCCUGCAAACUCAGAGGGCAUUAAACGCUAUGCAGGAAACCUGACUGAAACAAGUUCUGUUGUCUUAUAAUGCUGAACAGCACAGGGAUGGACUAGCAAAACAUGAACGCAUCCUAGGGCUAGAAAAAAAUACUUAAAAAAAGGUUUAUUAUUUGUUAUUGUGUACUUGAUUAUAUCUGUACGUUCCUAUUCAUUUUAUUUCACCAAAAACCUGUGGGAAAAAAACAUGAAGUAAAUAUUAGUUUCUAAUGAACAUGAAUGUGAAUGUGCUUUAUUUUAUUUUUGUAAACAUUCAAAUAAAAAUGUAUCUAACA